UCCACCGUCAGUAGGUAAACUUGAUAUUCUUAAAGGGGCAGCUCUCACUGACCAAACAUUGACCUAAAACAUCUACAGAUGGAGCAAGCAAACAACCUGGUGUUUCAAAGCUUCCCAUUGGGAUAAUGACUCAGGUGCUUGCCAUACCCUGGGCUCCAUCUGUAGCUCUUGUACUUUGGGAGAAUAACUGAAAAUUCAUGGGGUUUCCUUUGAAACCCAAGUGGCCGUAGAGUCCAACAGUUGGAUUUGUUUGCUGGUUGCACCAAAGCACCAUGUUUUCAGUGUUGCGCGUCUGCGUUUUGCUUGUUGCAUUGUCUAAUAGUUUGCAUUUCUAACAUAUUUCUCUUUGGUGACGUUGGUAUUCUGCAAACCCGACUCCAUGGGGUGCGGCCAGUGCUACAGAGUUUGCUGAAGCUCAUUGAUCUCAAAGCUGUCAGAGAAAGCUCAUGAGCAUGGAGCAAUCUCGAGCCUCUGGCUGUUACCCCAUACUGAAUCAGCCUCCUCCACCGUAUCAUACUCUGUAUAUUGAUCCUCCUAUCCGUGAGCCUCCUGAGCCAUCAUCCAGAACAUACUGGGAACCUUCAUUGCCUCCUUAUCAACCUUCUCCUCAAUCUUCAGCUACAACUGACAGGUCUUCUCAACGGUCUCCUCCAGGCUACUGUGAGCUUCCCCCACCGUAUUGUGUCACAAAUGGCUCCUCUCUUCAUGCACCACCACUGGAUUCCACUUCAUCAGCAGCUCAACGGUCUUCCCCAGACAAUCAUGAGCUUCCCCCACCAUAUUGUGUCACAAAUGGCUCCUCUCUUCAUUCACCACCACUGGAUUCUGCUUCAUCAGCAGCUCAAUGGUCUCCCCCAGACAAUCAUGAGCUUCCACCACCAUAUUGUAUUACAAAUGGUUCCUCUCCUCAUGUCCCACCACCGGAUUCCGGUUCACCAGAGGCCGUUUCCCACCAGCGGCUUGAGGAUCCACCCCUGAGGAAUGACCGGACUUCAGAACUGUGUGAUAAUAACUGCUGCCUGUGUUUCUCCUUUUGCAACUUUAUUCUUUUCCCCCCACUCGGAUUGGUUUCCAUCAUCUUUUCCUUAAAGGUGCGGGGCCUUAUCUAUAAACAGGAGCGUGAGAAAUUGAAGAAACUAAGUCUGACUCUGCUUAAAACAAAUCUAAUCAUUUUUAUAAUGGGCCUUGUGUUGGGCCCUCUCGGUUACACCCUGGUCGCUAUUUAUGCACACUAAACCCCCCCGCAAUGUAUGCGCCGCUGCCCGCAGCCCCACGCCAUGCACUGCUGGACUGGACCAUUCAUAAUACUGCGCGGGGGGGGGCUCUCGAGUCGCCUUUCUCUCCUUCUCUACUUUAUGGACCUGUCAAGCCAAAAUGUCCGCCAGUAGCCUCAAUUGGAUUCGGAUUUAUCCGCCGUAGCGGGUCCUGAGCCAACCCAGCCACGAGCAACUGUAACUCACAUGUAAAUCUUAAUAAACUGAUGGUGUUUCCAGUGAAAAUGCUACAACCUUAACUUAUAUAUAUAUAUGUAUAUGUAUGGGGAACGGGUAAAUUGUGCCCUUUCUCACUGGCAGUCCCCGAGUGACC